AAAGCAUAAGUAAGUAAAAACACCAGAACAUAAGCAUACGCGCAAGCCAGGGCCGUAGCCAAUAAAAAAAAUAUAUGACUGAGGCAAUGUCCAUGGUUAAUUUCUCUUCCUAGGUAUUUACCAGUGUUUUACUUUCCUCCAAAAAAAAAAAAUCCAAAACGAAAAACAUGACUGAGUCAAGUGCCUUGGUUUUCUUCGGCUUGUGCCGUGGUUAUGUCGCAGUGAGGACGCGGGUGCUAAACGUCCUAAAUGCAAGCGACAGAAGCAUAAGCAUAGACACAAGGUCGUCGACCAAUCAUAACUCACUUUGACCGAGACUUGUGCCAAGAUAUUGCAAACCACAAGACGGACUCCGCCAUAUUGUUUAACAAUUGAGGAGGGCUCAUGUCUAUUCUUGUCCCUAGAGCCACAUGUUUCUUUGACGAGAUGGAGCUGGUAUCUAAACUCCCAGUCAUUCGUGACGCUUCUCGUUCAGCUCUCGUUCCUGCUUGUGCGCUAGUGAAAACCAACCGUACCUAAACCUGCCUUUAGUCUUCAUGUUUUCUUUAUAAUGCACUACAGCUAGGGUAUUGCUGGCUUUUUUGUUUUCUUUCAAAGAUUACACCUAAGUAAGGUCUACAUUGAUGAAAACCUGUACGAAAUAAUGGAGAGAACAAUUCAAUCGCAUGAAAACUCGAACAUUAAAUUCAGAAACAAUUUAAUUGUCGUUUAAUCUUAUGGCGAAUAGAAACAAUCAAUGACACUGAUCCUUUAUUUCAUUUGUUUUUCUCUUUUCUUUAAGCUGACGGUGUUGAAAUGUCGCCAACGUCAAGUUAUGUCGUAGGUGGCCCAAGUGCGUCCCGUUCGACGGAUAGGCGAAGCUAUGGCAUGGAGUCUGUCGAAGAUGAUCCCUUCAUUUUAGCUGCAUCCACACAUUCUCUGAAAUCGAUUGGCGAUAGCAAGAAAACGAACAAUGCCAAUGUUAACUAUGGUUACUCGUCAGAAGAUUCUGUCCGACCUCAGCCUGAAAUGCUACUUAAGCCAGGGUCACGUGUCUCAAGCAACAAGCCUACUGCACAGAGCACGGGAGAGGUCGUUGCAAAUUCGUCAUACCUCGUUAGAGGACCACAGAGAGACUUGAACACACUACCCCUGCCUCAAGAACCACCAUCUUUUGAGCAAGCCAUGCUUCAGUCGGAAACAAAUGGAAACCUUACAGAGCCUGGUAAGGGAAGAUAUGCAGGCCGCAGACCAAAACCCUCACAGGCUACCAGUGGCUCAAUCAGAGGGCUCCUUGAUCCAACGGUAAUUUAUGCCACGCCAGAAAAGAAGAAUAAAUCCAGUAAGCCUUCUGCGGAACUCCAUGGACUAGCACCAGGUAAGAUAGCUUGAUAUGUCAAACUUAGAGGGCCCGUAUAAUGUUGCUGAAAAUAAAACACCUUUGUAUUCUCUACGGUAUCUGCCGGGGUAACAUUUGUCUAUCAUUCCCCUUCCAAGACACCCUUACCCAAAAGAACAUAAUUUAUUACAGAUCACCCUUAGGAUGUUCACUAAGACUGAUAAGACCAAUAAUAUGUAAAUAGUCAACUUAAUCCUUUUUGAGAGUCGUGACUAACGUAUCAAAAUAAGCAUAUUUUGACUUUUGAUUUAGUCGUAUUGAU